AUGUCUUCAUCCAUCUUCUUCCGCUUCAAGUCGCGCAAGGACGCCUUGCAGAUCAACUUCGAUGGCACCAGUCUGUCUGUCUUCGAAGUCAAGCGCGAGAUCAUGAGCAUCGCCCGCCUCGGCGACGGCAAGGACUUUGACCUGGACAUCUACACCUCUGACACCAAUGAACUCUACGACGAUGAUACGACUCAAAUCCCACGAUCAACCACCGUCAUCGCGCGGAGACUUCCUGCACAGCGUCCUGGCGCAGGACGAGCAUCUCGCUACGUCACCGGCCACAUGCCACUGCACGCUAGAAACUCGCAUCGUGUGGAGUCGAGUGCCAAGGCCGCCAACAAGGCCACUGCAUCGAAUGGAGCUAUGGGUGAUGGGGCUGCAAUGACGGAGGAGGAGAAGCUGAAAGCUGUACUCAAUGCUAGCAAUAAUCAGUUGAAAGCAGAUCUCCAGAACUCGUCUGGCAAGCCUGUGAUUCGCAACAACAAGGCUGCUGCAGUACCAGACAAACCACUUCCCCCUGGCUACAUGUGCCAUCGUUGCGGAAAGUCUGGUCAUUGGAUUCAAGCCUGUCCGACUAACAAUGACCCCAACUUCGAUGGUAAGCACAAGUUUAAGCGCACCACCGGUAUUCCCAAGUCGUUUCACGUCGCCGUCGACACGGAGCAUGCAAUCGGCGAGGACGGUCAAGUCGACCCAACCAAGCUCGGCAAGGGUGUCAUGUAUACUCAGGAUGGUGUUUGGGUUCGCGCCAAGACCGACGAAGCAACCUGGCAAAAGCUCCAGGAACAGCAAGCAGCCCAAGCAGAGAAGGCCAAGCAAGCCGCACAAGGUGAUCAGGAACUCCGUGACCGUGGACUCGAAUGCCCCAUCGAUAAGCGCCCAUUCGUCGAGCCUCACAAGACACCAUGCUGUGGCAAGACAUAUUGUCUCACAUGCAUUGAGAACUCUCUCCUCGACAACGACUUGAUCUGUCCCAACUGCGGCGAGCAAGCUCUCAUCGACAAGCUGGAGCCGGAUGAUGAAGCCACCAAGAAGCUCGCUGAAUUUGAAGAUGAGAAGAAAGCCGAGAAGAUUCGCAAAGACAAGGAGGCAUCGAAGAGCCCAGCAGCUGGCACGCCCAAGCCAGAAGACGCCAAGUCGCCAUCAGCGGCAGCGCCAGAUGUCAAGGUCGAAGGCGCCGACUCACCAGCAUCCACCACCUCCAAUUCAAAGAAGCGCCCCGCCGAAGAAGAACUUGAGAACAAGCGUCGCCCAAGCAACCCCGCCGAAAUGAAGAAGACCCCCUCCAACCAAGGCACGCCCGCGGGCCCCUCAUCCUCCAACACCCCCCAACCUCAACAAGCACAACCACCCAAGGGACCCAAGAACAUGCAAAUGCAAGACUUCGUCCAACAAAUGAACGCCAUGGCCGGCGGCAUGCCCAACGGCGCCAACGCCAACCCGAUGAUGAACGGCAUGCCACCGAUGGGACCCAUGGGCAUGAACAUGGGCAUGGGAAUGAACAUGAACAUGAUGGGCAUGAUGAACCAAAUGGGCAUGGGCAUGCCACCCAACUUCAACAACAUGAACAUGAUGAACCAGAUGGGCGGCAGCUUCCCCAUGAACGGCGGCAUGAACGGUAUGAACGGGGGAGGUAUGGGCUGGCAGGGCAAUCCCCAGCAGCAGCAGCCUCCGUGGAUGCGCAACGGCGGGAUGCAGAACCAGCAGGGUGGCGAUGGGGCGUAUUUCCGGCAGCCGGUGAAUCCGCAUCGGGCGCAGGGACGGCAGCGACGGCAGCGGAGUGUCGAUUAUAAGCAGAUGUGA